AGCAGCACCGCGGUACCACUUUCAUUGUCGUCGAAUCGUGCAAUCACUCUCUCUUGUCGGUAGUACGGUACAUAGUGCAUAAGCAGUACCGCGACGUCGCCGGCGCGGCAACGGUCAUGUGUAGUUCUCAGUGCUAUGGGCAACGCUCCGCGGCAGAAAUGGCAAUGGGUACUACAUCAUCACCAAGUGAUCAUGGUACUACUGGUACUACUUGCGGGAGCAACGUCUCAAGAAUGCGGUAGAAGCUUCCGCAGAUCGAGACAGCCCCGUUCAGGGGUGGUGGGACGCAUCAUACAUGGCAGGCAGAGUUCGAGAGGCGCAUGGCCUUGGCAAGUAUCAUUGCAGCUUCUACAUCCACAAUUCGGCUUCCUUGGUCACUGGUGCGGAGGAGUCAUGAUAUCUCCAGAAUGGUUGCUGACCGCAGCACAUUGCAUCAGUAAUGAUCUCUUCAAGUUACCAUUAGCAGAAUUGUGGACCGCGGUGCUGGGAGACUGGGACAGGGAUGUGGAAGAAUACUCGGAGCAGAGGAUUCCCGUGGAAAAGGUGAUCCUGCACGAGAGGUUCCACAACUUCCAGCAUGAUAUCGCUUUGAUGAAACUCUCUCGACCUGUGAAGGUAGCCGCUGCAGACAGUCGCGUUAGAGCAGUCUGCUUGCCCUCAAAAAGACUGACUCACAACCAAACCGAGGCCUACAUUUCCAGAUCUGCAUAGCAACGGGAUGGGGAAGAGAUGCAGAAGAUGGACCUCUGGCAGGACGUCUGCUAGAAGCAAGAGUACCAGUCCAUGACAACGCUGUAUGCCGCAAGAAGUACGGACAUUCUGUGCAUAUACGAUCUGGGCAUCUGUGCGCAGGACAUCUCGACGGUUCCAGUGGGACCUGUGUGGGUGAUUCUGGUGGCCCCUUGCAGUGCGCUCUAGGCGAUGGUCGAUGGAUCUUGGCUGGCAUAACUUCAUUUGGAUCAGGAUGUGCUAAGCCCGGCUUCCCUGAUGUCUACACCAGACUGUCAUACUAUCUACCGUGGAUCAAAGCGAAAAUGAUCAGGAACUGAUUGCUGCUCUUCCUCUAUCAUAUCAAGUCAUCUCUCAAAAACGCAAAGCAUUAUUCCUACAUACAGUGUCAAGGUUCUUGGAUCAACCAGAUUGAAAUUUCGAUUCUUAUGAUACAUUUUAAGCUAAUCAAUAGAGCAAAAAUCGCCUACUAUUUAACCUAGCUACCUUCAAGAAAAUCUGUUGAACGCCCUGUAUUUCAAAUAAGGACCAUAGACCUACAGUAACUUGAAAAGCCAUACAGUGUUACCGUAAAGUAGAAAAUAAAAUUCAAACAGUACCUUAUGCAUUUUCUGAGACGCAUCAAAACUGGUUCAUAAUUUUUUGUAAAUGUUAAUUCUUAUAGAAUUUCACUCUUAUUUAUUAUCUUUCCUUAU